AUGUCUGAGUUUGUGUCUUUCUGUCAGGCGGAGGACCUUGCCAAUCUGAUCAAGCUUUAUGUGCGCAAGGUUUUCAACUUGCUGGACGCAUCACUCUUCGUCUAUCUCCAGGGCUCCGACACGGCAUACUUGCUGCUUUAUGUCGACAACAUCAUCCUGCCAGCAUGUAUGGCUGGUCUUCUCAGUCAGCUCACUGCCCGUCUCCGUGCUGAGUUCGCCAUCAAGGACUUGGGUCCUUUGCACUACUUCCUCAGUGUUGAGGUGGUGCGACGUCCGGAUGGCUUCUUUCUUCACCAGCGGAAGUACGCUCAUGAGCUCCUGGAUCGUGCUGGCAUGCUUAACUGCAAGCCCGCCGCUACACCUGUUGAUACGAAGGCCAAGCUCUCUGUCACGGAUGGUUCUCCUACUUCGGAUGCUGCCUUUUACCGGUCUAUUGUUGGAUCUCUUCAGUACCUCACUCUGACUCGACCGAAGAUCCAGUAUGCCGUCCAGCAAGUGGGUCUCCACAUGCAUGCUCCUCAGGACAUUCAUUGA